AUUCAAGAUGAAUAAUGUGGCAGUAUGCGAAGUGAGGCUAUAUAAUGCAUAUACAAAAUCCAAGUAAUCUCCGGAAUGAUGGAAUGUGCGACCUGCAAGAGAAGAAACGAAGGAAAAAAUGAAAUUCUCCUUGGGGAAGAUGAAACCAGCUUACGGUCUCUCUGCGACUCGGCAAUAAGAUGAUGAUUGGAGGAUCGAGAGAGGACUAACUCGCAGCGACAAUUGACGGAAAAGGAAGAGGAAGAGGAAGAGGAAGAGGAAGAAGACCAGGAAGAGGAAAAGGAAGAGGAACAAUCGUGUGAGGGGUGAGAAGGAGCCAGAGAUGGUUUCUUCGGCUAUCUUCGGGGCGGCGGCAGGAACUGGCCUGGCCCUGGUCGUCGGGAUGACAAUAGUGGUGUAUCGAUACUACGCUGUGAAACGUAAGGGAAAAUAUUGGAGCAGUCUGGAUCGUUGGCCGGAUCCACCAAGCACGAAGAGGCCGGAAACGCGACAGGAAGAGUGUUCGGAACACUGUCACGACGCGUCUUCGUCGCACGUGCUGAAUUGCUGGCGAAAACAGCAGAAAAAUUACUAUGCAGUGCAGACACGGGAAUUUAACGUCGCCAAGGAACAACACGCGGUGCAGCCAUGCUCCUCCGUGGUCGUCGAAUCAGGAAGUUUGCCGCAUCAAAGUCGAAGCUAUCCUGGCGGUAGCGGCGGAUCCGGAAGCAUGGGCCGAUUAUUCACGAGGAAUUCAUCGGUGAGCUCUCAGAGCUCGUUGGAAGGAGCAUCCGGGCCAUCCAGCCAUCGUGGAUCCUCGACGCAGGUCCGAUCGUUUGGACCUGAUGGACGAUAUCAUCAUCACAGGGAUCCCUUGCACGCUGCUUCGUCUUAUCCACCGAGCAAGAGCUCAAGAUCGCCGUCACCAGGCCGUGCAGCAUCGCUAGAUGCACGCUGUGGGAGUCCAGCCAGUUGUUCCGGAAGUCUUUUGAGCAGUAAUGCGUCACCAUCUCAGAGCUCUCUGUCGUCUCUGGCAACAGGUGUGAGCUCUUCCUGCGGUGGUUCCUCGAUAAGCGUUGCCCACGGAGUUUCCAGAUCAGCUGGCCGAAGUCUUUCACCCCUUCUUAUUCCACCGUCACGCAUUUCCGGGAGCGACGGUGGACCACCUCCUCCAGCCUCGCCAUUGGGUUCUAUACAGCCAGAUCUCUACCAACGAAGAGAUGGCCCUAUUCAUCUCAAGGCUCGAGGAAAUGGGAAGAGUUUAGGUCGGCUACAUUUGCGAUUCAAAUACGACUUCGAUCGAUCGGAUUUGCACGUACACUUGAUCGAGGCGCAUGAUCUGGCUGGAAGCGAUCAAGGAGGAUUCAACGAUCCUUACGUGAAGCUGACCCUCAGCCCUGAAGUGGAUUCGAGGAAACGGCAGACACAGAUAUACCGUAACGAGUCGAACCCGUUCUUCGAUCAACAAUUCAAAUUCCCUGUCAGCAACGACGAACUUCAGGACAAGACCCUAGUUUUACAGGUGCUCGAUUACGAUCGUUUCUCCAGGAACAAUAUAGUAGGUUCUGUCAAGGUACCUCUACAUAUUUUGCGAUUAGACUCUCCAACCUCGACCGAGGAGGUAUGGGGUGAGAUCGAGUGCGAACCAAAGCCACGUGAACAAAUUCAAGAGGUUCUGCUGUCACUCUCUUACUUGCCAAGCGCCGAACGAUUGACAGUCGUGAUCCUGAGGGCGAGGAAUCUGUUUCCUCCGCAGGACAAAGAAACCUUAGAUUCCUUCGUGAAAGUAAAUCUCCUUUGCCGAGAGAAGAGGGUGAAGAAGAAGAAAACUGCUGUAAGAAAAGCCACGACCAGCCCCGUUUGGAACGAGGCGCUGUCCUUUGAUGUUCCUUCCAACUAUCUCGAGUCAUCAGCCAUCGAGGUAUGCGUGAUGGACUCGAGCAACGAGUUCAUGGGCGGAAACGUGAUGGUUGGUUCCUGUAUCGUUGGUCCUGCUAUACGAGGGCUGGAAGGAAGCGGAAAUAAAGGAAGAGAGCACUGGCAACACAUAACUCAAUCGCCGAGGAAGACCAUCGCUAUGUGGCACACGUUACAUUAAAAGGCAAAGGGGAGGGAAAAAGGGAAAGAUAGAGAAGAGAAAGAAUUGUCAAUCGAUGUUUUACUCGUCGUGUAUCAUUUUCCAAAGAAGCGAAACGUGGCCACUUUUGUGCAGGCGUGGACGCAUUUCUUUUUUUGCUUUCUUGUCGGAUCGCAAAGGGAGGAGUACAAUCAGACAACGUAGGAUAAAUAAUCGGUAAACGGUAUAUGUAAACAACAGUAGCAGUGUUAUAUAUGUGAAACCGCUUUUAUGGAUGUACUCGAGACCACUAACGAACAAGAAAACCGCGAAA